AUCGUACGGCUGUCAAAUAUUGGCGCAUGAUGUAUUUUCCCCCCGAUGCUUUUCCAUGAAGAGCUACAGCUCGGGUUCUGUAAAGGUGGAACCGGAGAACCACUGACCGUGCGUGCAAGGCUGCAGAAUGCAGUGCACAUUAAUGUCAUUCCUGCACAACAAGGUGUGCUAACGCACCUAACUCUCCUCCUGAACUCAAUAUCUAUGAAGUGUGUGAAAUGCAUGAUGGGACGGGAGAGGAGGAGCAGUGGCAGCUGACGACCCGGAGCCUUUCCCACCAUCAUCUCCACCUCUGCGCCCCUCACCAACGCCACGAGCUGACCCCGGCAGCGCCCUAACACGCCCCCACCCUCACCCUCACCCACCUCAUUCUCCGGGCACCAUGGAGCCCAAAUCUGCAGGGGAGAAGAACCGGCACAGUUACUUCAGCAACGUCAAAACCAGGUUGGGCUCCAAGCUUCCUGCCAGUGCCCCACCCCCUGGCUUCCCUCCAGGCCCCUGGGGGCCCCCGCCUCACAGCAGCCGGGCCCCGGGGACACGCCCCCCUCAUGUCCCCCACAUCCGCAACCCCCAGCUGCGCCAGUACUACCUGAGAGACUCUCCUGGACUCCCAGAAGUCCCUGCAGUGAAGUCAGGGCCCAGUGAAUCCACCAAUGGGAGAGCAGAGUACAUUGUGCGUCAUGAUGACACCGUGUUCAGUGUGGCGUCCCAGUUCAGCACCACACCCAGUCAGCUGGCACACCUGAACCGGCUGUCCUCCAACACCCUCUUCCCAGGACAGCGACUGUGUGUCCCGUGGGUGAAAUGUCCCCCUCCGCCCUCCUCCUCCUCCGUCCCGGACCCGGACCCCAAACCGGACAAGGCGCCGGAGACCGCCACCGCGCCCGCCACCGCACCGGCCCCCGGGCCCCUCUCCCCCUCGCCCGACUCCGAGUACGACAAACUGCUGGACGUGGAGGCGGUGUCCAUGCCUGACGGACAGCUGUGCCUAUUGGCCCUCCCUGCGGAGUGCUCGGAGGGGGAGGGGCCCGCUGCCAUGCCCUACCUCAAGCUCUGCUCCCGCUACAUCACCGACCGCAAGGGCGUGGUCUCGGGGAUCCUGCUGGUGACGCCCAAUAAGAUCUUCUUUGACCCGUAUAAGUCGCACCCCCUGGUGGUGGAGCAGGGCUGGGAGGAGUACCUGCUGUCCUGUCCCGUGGAUGGCCUGGUGUCUGUGUCCUUCUGCUCCGACAUCUCCCACGUGCACUUCAACACGUCUGCGCAGCGGUCAGGAGCUACGCCACGGUGGAAGGGCAGGAGGAAGACGUCGAACCCGCGGUCGGUGCGGAGCCUGGUGAGGAAGGUGCGCGGGCCGAGGCAGGGCCCCCCGGCCGACCCGGGGCCCGCGGUGCUGCCGCUGGUCUCCUCGACGACGGCGGAGCUGAGCGUCGCCCCGGGAGACGGGGGCAGGGCGGGGGCGGAGCGGGAGCUGGCGGCCCAUUCCGCCGGCAUGCUGGGCGUGGCCGUGCUCAGCAGCGCCGCCACCUUCUGCUGCGGAGGACUGGACGCCGGGGACAAGGUCCGCACGGAGCUGGUGCCGCAGGAGGGCCAGGAACCCCGGAGGAUGGGCGAGAGAGGCACAGGCUCCUCUCGGUCCUCAGGGGGCAGUGUGGGGUCUCUGAUGUUCGUCAGGCUCCGGUUCCACCAGCCACCGGGGCAGAAGGGGGGCGUGUCCACCCCAGAGCUGGGCGGGGCCAGGACGCAGCCCAUGAAGGACGCCUGGUUCACCCUGUCCCAGCAGAGUUCUGACGAACUCUACGCCUACCUGAGCCACUGGAGGCCGGACCUCUGCAUCCUGGAGGGCCGUGAUGAAGAGGACGGUGGAGGGGAUGAUGAAGAGUUUGUGCUGGUGGACGGCGAGGAGCAGGAGGAAGGGACGGGGCUUACACACAGCGACAGCCAAUCGGGAGAGGACUGGGAGAUGAUCUCAGUGGAGGACGGAGGGGGGAGGUCGCCGGGCCUGGAGAGACUGGAGAGAGACCCCGAGGGCCUGACUGACAUCCUGGAGCAGAGCCGCAUCCUGCUGGCCCACCACGUCAGAGAGAUCUCGGCGGAGCUGCCCGCUCGGACCGUGGGCCAUGUCUGGCAGCUGACCUACAGCACCAGUUGCCAUGGCGCCAGCCUCAAGUCCCUGUACAGGAAGCUGGUGGGCCUCGAGUCACCGGUGCUCAUCGUCAUUAAGGACUCCCGAAGCCAGGUGUUUGGCAGCUUCCUGUCCCACCCGCUGAGGCUCAGCGAGACCUUUUACGGCACCGGAGAGACCUUCCUCUUCAUGCUCCACCCACGAAUCAAGUGUUUCCGUUGGACGGGGGAGAACUCCUUCUUCAUAAAGGGAGACCUGGACUCCUUCGCCAUUGGAGGAGGAAGUGGUCACUUUGGCCUGUGGCUGGAUGAAGCCCUGUAUAUAGGCAGGACCAGCCCAUGUCAGACCUUCAACAACUGCUGCCUGUCCGACACGGACGACUUCCGGGUCAUGGAGCUGGAGGCGUGGACCUUCUGCUGAAGCCCCGCCCCCACACCCGCUGCCCCGCCCCCUCCACACCCCACAAGCCAAACCCUCAAUCUCCAACCUUGCCUUUUUUUGAGGAGUGGGGGCAGGUAGUGGCAGGUUGUCACCCUUAUACUUGUAGUGACUGAACUCUUUUAAUGUGUUGGGGAGGGAGCGGGCAUCUGUGAACUUUAAGCCCUGGAGGAAAAUGGAUGUUCACUUUUAAAACUUUGGGGUUAGCGGAGAAGUGUGUUCGCGCAAGGCUCAGGAAUUGGAAUGAAGACUUUCCGCCGAGAGAAAGUACUCUCUUGAAAGAAAAGGGGGCGGCCUGUAGCCUAGUGACUAAGGUACAUGACUGGGACCCGGAAGGUCGGUGGUUCAAGACCCAGUGCAACCACGAUAAGAUCAGCACAGCCGUUGGGCCCUUGAGCAAGGUCCUGAACCCCACAUUGCUCGAGGAGGGAUUGUCCCCUGCUUAGUCUAAUCAACUGUAAGUCGCUUUGGAUAAAAGCGUCAACUAGAUAAAUGUAAGGUACUGUACAUAUUUUUCACUUGAAUAUGAACCUCCCCCCCCCCCUCCUCCUCCUCAUCAAACGGUCGUUCUCGAAGAGCGGCGAUGUUUCGGUGUGGAAGAACAACCCCUCCUGGACGCGUUACCCGUUCGGCUCUCAUCACAAGAGGAGCGGCACGCAGCCGGUUUUACUCGAGGUUAAAGAUGGCUUCCAGGUACUGGAGACUAUAAUACAAGCCCUUAUUGGAUGUUGUCCUUAGAGUCGAUAGUAUUGCAGUUCCCUCUUUGUCCACACUGCAGUCAUUACUGCUACCAUGAGCUCCCAAGUACAACAACCCUCUCCCCGUACCGAGUAGCACACAGACAGGAUCCUCCAAUCAUUGUACAAUAUUAAUGAAAGCAACAACAACAACAAAAAACCUAUUAAUAAUAAUAAUGUUAAUAACAUGCUUA